AUACCAAAUUUAGUUGCUUUCGCAUAUUUAGAAGGCGGUGGUCUGUGGCAGAAAAGUGACGCAGAUCCCAAACCAUUGCAGCGCCUUUUCAACUAAGCAAGCUGAAACCUGGACAAACGUCCUCUUACCUUCAAAACGUUUAUAAGGACAACCUCUGGCUCUUACUCUAGAUCGAUUCGAUCGUUAAUAUUGAUACGCUGAGUAUGCCUCCGAUCCGAACCUCCCGCAACCGCAAACCACCUCCGGCGGGGUUCGAUGACAUCGAGGACACUCUGCUUGAGUUCAGUAAUAAGAUGAAAGACGCAGAGAAUGCGCCACACGAUGGCAAGAGGAAACAUGAGAUGCUAUGGCCAAUAUUUCAAAUAACCCAUCAACGCUCAAGAUAUAUCUUCGAUUUAUAUUACGAAAAGGAAGCUAUAUCAAAGCAACUAUAUGACUGGCUUCUCAAGAAUAACUAUGCGGAUGCUAACUUAAUUGCUAAAUGGAAAAAGCAAGGUUACGAAAAGCUUUGUUGUCUCCGUUGCAUUCAGACCAAGGAAACGAAUUUUAAUGCCACGUGUAUUUGCCGCGUUCCAAAGGCCCAACUGAAAGAAGAUCAAACGAUGCAAUGCGUUAGUUGUGGAUGUCGAGGUUGUGCCAGUAGCGAUUAGCAUUGAUCUGCCAACACUGUCCCGAGGGUUCAAGCUUGGGAGCACAAAAAACGGAGAAAGAUGAAAAAGAAGAAUUGGAAUAUUCCCAUGUACAUGGUUUAAAUCGGGAUUCAUGAUUGUUUGGUUCAUACAAAGGCGUCCGGGCUGUAUUUGGUUCUUCUACUGCUUAUCUGGAAUAUUCCCCUCUGUGCCCACAUCUCUCUCCCUUCGGCUCUAUAUUCGAUAUUCCUUCUCAAUAAUGUUUCAGCCGAUCGCAAAAUGAUACCCCUACAAAGAACUGCGUACCGUUGUGCUCUAGUAUCUAGUCAAACGGACACGUACUUAACCGACUAGUGUUUCAAAGGAAUUCAUUGACAAAUGACCACUAAUUAUAGCUACAAUCAACAAUAAAAA